CCACCGUCUGCGCGACCUGCUCCAAAUGCCGGGCUGUGUUGGCGCUGCUCAGCGCCCAACCAGAUUCGUACCUCAGGUAUGGAUUCCGAGAACCCCAACAGCGGACGACCGUACAGGGAAUGCACGAACCGGAAUUGCGACAGUUUCAACGGAUUCGCCGAUCAUCGGGGCCUCGAUCCGAAUCAUAGGCACUGCGAGUGUGGCAUACCAUCUAGAAUAGUGGCGAGGAGAAACCGGAAUGCGAGGGGGAAGAGGGAGUUGUUCUACCGUUGCGCGAAUGGGACUUGUGGUGCGCGCUUGGGCGAUGUCAGGGGACCGAGCGGACGAGUGCUGGAGUUUACGGAUGCCCAGAUCGAUAAAAUGGUGGAUGCGGGACAGAUUUAG